GUUUAGAGAGAGCACCAGCAGAAAUGAGGAGGAUCUGUGACUUUUAAAGCUUGGGCAGGACAUUCAAUUGCCCUCCUCCCUGGCCUGACAGUCUGAUAUUAAGAUAGGAGCUAGUUGCAAGUUUAUUGAAGUAUUGAGAUUGCUAAUAAGCUUGGGAACCAGGCAGUUAGUUGGUCAGAAGGUCUGAGUGAGUUCUGCUCUAUAAGAAGAGCAAAGUAAAUGCUGGGUAGGCAUGAUGGGUUGAUGGGUGCUCUCUGAAGCUUUUCUGAUGUAUUUCCUUUUUCCAUGUUCUAUAGUACAGGAACAUACUCCAGUCAGUUCAGAACACAGAUAUGAUUGAAGGUCCCUCCUUUCUUCCCAAAUUCCAAAUGUCUUCAUAUACCCCCAUGGACACCAGUUCCCAAUUGCCUCAAGAGCCUUCAUGGAACUUAGCUUUUCAAAUGGGCCAGAGUCCCCUUGUGACCUCAAGAACUCCAAUGCAAUCAAGUCCUUCAGUGCCUGAACAGAACCUAAAUUGGCAAGAGUCCCAAGGGUCAUCAAGAGAAUCAAAACCUAUGGCACUGUCAGAUAAACAUGGCGGUAAACAAACUGGCCCUGUAGCUCCAAGGAAGUGCCGAAAGGAACGCACUCAGUACUCCGCAAAACAAAAGUCCGUGCUGCAAGAACAUUUUGCUGAGUGCCAGUACCCAGACAAGAAACUGUGUUUGGAGCUGGCAACCUUGUUUGGUGUGACAGAGAAUGAGAUCAAGGUCUGGUUCAAGAACAACCGGGCUAAGUGCAAACAGAAGAAUGUUCCAGAAGCACUGCCAGAGACAAAUGGAGGCCCUGAAGCUGUUUCUUGGUCAACUGAUUUUCCUGGUUCCAUAGCUGUUGUUGGUUGUGACCAGGGAGAGCCCAUGGCCACAGCCAUUCUGGAUGUGGAUUCCACUCCCAAACUGAACUGCAGCCAGGAGUCUUCUCUGGAUGGCAAUUGGACCUAUGAUGGUGCCAUGUGUUGUCUGCCAGAAGACGUGCUUGACGGUAAUGACCCUGUCACUGCUGGAGACUCUGGUGAAUCAGCACCAGUUGAAGCCCAGUCUGACCUUGCAGCAGCUGGAGCUCCAGUUGCCAUGGCAGUUGACACCCAAAACCCAGAGGAGUGUGAGGAUUUACCUCUAUUGGACGAAGGGGUCUGGCAAUGGAUGCUUGAAGACUUUCACCAAUUGGAAGACUGGUUUACCAAGAACUACAUUGAGAGUCCUAGCAGUGCUUCUCACCCCCUUGACUAGUUUAGACGUUUAUAUCUAUAAAGAAGCAUGUUAAUGGACACACUUAACCCCUGAAUUUGGGGAAAUUUCCCAAGUCUGUAUGCAUUAGUUUCAUGCCACUGUGAUUAUAA